AUGGCCCUCGACAGGGUCCCCCAGAGGGUCGGGGUGGUGGGCUACGGUCGCCUCGGACAGUCCCUUGUCUCCCACCUGCUGGCUCAGGGGCCAGAAAUGGGCCUAGAACUUGUGUUUGUCUGGAAUCGGGACCCAGGACGAAUGGCAGGGACUGUGCCCCCCGUUCUGCAGCUCCAGGACCUCAAUGCCCUCAGUGAGAGGCACCCCGAUCUGGUGGUGGAAGUGGCCCACCCCAAAAUAAUCCAUGAUUCUGGGGCACGCAUCCUGCGCCACGCCAAUCUGCUGGUGGGGUCCCCCUCAGCCCUGGCUGACCAGGCCACCGAGCAACGGCUCCGGGAGGCCUCCCAUCACUGGGGCCACGCCGUGUUCGUCGCCCGGGGGGCCCUGUGGGGCUCUGAGGACAUCACCAGACUGGAUGCGGCAGGGGGCCUUCAGAGCCUCCGCGUCACCAUGGCCACACACCCCGAUGGCUUCAGGCUCGAGGGGCCCCUGGCCACAGCCCCCAGGACCGGGCCCCGCACGGUGCUCUAUGAGGGCCCCGUCCGAGGCCUGUGCCCCUGGGCCCCCCGGAACUCCAACACCAUGGCAGCCGCUGCCCUGGCCGCCCCCAGCCUGGGCUUCGACCGCGUCAUCGGGGUGCUGGUGGCAGACCUCAGCCUCCCAAACAUGCAUGUGGUGGAUGUGGAACUGAGCGGACCCCCGGGCCCCACAGGCCGCAGCUUCGCUGUGCACACCCGCAGAGAGAACCCUGCCGAGCCGGGUGCUGUCACUGGCUCUGCCACCCUCACUGCCUUCUGGCGAAGCCUCCUGGGCUGCUGCCAGCUCCCCUCCAAGCCGGGGAUCCAUCUCUGCUGAGAAGCCUCUUCCCUCCCAUGAGAACAUCCUCAUGUCAUUUACCUCCCCA